AGACUUCUAUCAUUCAAAAUUAUGAAAUAAUUGCACCCUUUUAUUUAACAAUUCCUAAUGAAAAAAAUUUAAAUGUAUAUUUUCAACUUAUUGAUGAUACUCCUGUUGAAUUUUACUCAUAUUUGUAUGAUAGCGAAUUUUCUAUCAAAGUGGA